AUGUAAAGUAAAUAAGACUAUGAUACAUUAAUUAAGUUACUUAUCCUUGGUGAUUCAGGAGUAGGAAAAACUUGCUUUUUAGUGAAUUACUGCAAAAAAUCUUUUACUAGAAUACAUCUACCUACAAUUGGUAUUGAUUAUGAGCAUAAAUAUGAAGAUGUAGAUGGAAAGCAUGUUAAACUUUAAAUUUGGGAUACAGCUGGCCAAGAGAGGUUUAAAACUAUUACUUAAAAUUACUAUAAAGGCUCUAUGGGUAUUAUACUUGCAUAUAGUGUAACAGAUCCUAAUACCUUUAAAAAUAUAGCAGACUGGAUGAAAUAAAUUAGCGAAAGAGCAGAUCCAUCUGUUAAAAUAGUAAUUAUAGCUACUAAAAUUGACAUGAAAGAUUAAAGAAAGGUCUCAACUUAAGAAGGAGAAGAGUUAGCUCAAAAAUAUGGAGUAAAAUUUUUUGAAACUUCUGCUUUGGAAGGAACAAACGUCAUAGAAGCAUUUAAAUGUAUUGCUAGUUAAGCACUCUAAACAAUUUAAGCAUCUUCUCCAAUUAAUAACUUUAAAAUAAUUCAAAAACCUGUAAUUUAAUCUAAAAAAUAAGAAAAAGAUGCAAAAUGUUGCUGA